UUUUACUGAUUUUGUAUUAAUGUGUCAUUCUGUUUUCUCUCUGACAGAGACAUCAAGCCAGAUAACAUUCUCAUGGAUGUGAAUGGACACAUUCGGCUUGCAGAUUUCGGCUCCUGUCUUAAACUCAGGGAGGAUGGAACGGUGCAGUCGUCUGUGGCUGUGGGCACUCCUGACUACAUCUCUCCUGAGAUCCUGCAGGCUAUGGAGGACGGGAAAGGGAAAUAUGGUCCCGAGUGUGACUGGUGGUCACUGGGCGUCUGCAUGUACGAGAUGUUGUACGGGGAAACUCCUUUCUAUGCAGAGUCCCUGGUGGAAACGUAUGGGAAGAUUAUGAACCACAAGGAGCGGUUCCAGUUCCCUGCCAAUGUGACGGAAGUCUCGGAAAAUGCCAAAGACCUGAUCCGCAGACUCAUCUGCUGCAGAGAGCACAGGCUGGGUCAGAACGGCAUUGUGGACUUCAAACAGCACCCCUUCUUUUCCGGCAUUGAUUGGCAGAACAUCCGCAACUGUGACGCCCCCUACAUCCCUGAAGUCAGCAGCCCAUCUGACACAUCAAACUUUGACGUGGAUGACGACUGCCUCAAGAAUACAGCAGAGACAAUGCCACCUCCUUCCCACACUGCCUUCUCAGGACACCAUCUCCCAUUUGUAGGUUUCACCUACACCAGCAACUGUACACUGUCUGACCGCGGUUGCCUACGGGAGUCUGCGGCACCUACGCAGAUGGACGUGGGCGUGCAGCGAGGCCUGGAGGACAGUCUGGCUACUGAGGCAUAUGAACGGAGGAUCCGGCGUCUGGAGCAGGAAAAACUGGAGCUCAGUCGCAAACUACAAGAGUCCACAAAAGCAGUUCAGGCUCUGCAGCACUCCAGCGUGGACGGGCCCGUUUCCUCCAGCAAAGAGUUUGAGAUCCGUGGACUGAAGGAGGAGAUAGAGAUGCUAAGGAAACAGAUCGCAGAUACAGGACAGGUGGAGCAGAAGUUAGAACAGGCCAGUUUUGCCCACAGGGAUCUGGAAGACUCCUCCAAACAGAUCCGAUCUCUAGAGAAACAGCUCAAGAGCAUGAAGCAGGAAAGAGAUGACCUGCAGAAGGGUCUGCAGGACUCCUCAGAGAAGCUGAAAGCUCAGGGGAAGGAGCUGAAAGAGGCAGACAGCCAGAGGAAAAUGGCCAUGCAGGAGUUUGCAGAGUUGAGCGAGAGGGUGACAGAGCUGCGGUCACAGAAACAACGACUCUCCCGACAGCUUAGGGACAAAGAGGAGGAGAUGGAUUCCCUCAAUCAGAAGGUGGAAGCGCUUCGGCUGGAUGUGCGCAAAGCUGAGCGGGCCAAGAAAGAGAUGGAGGCCCAGACUGAAGAGUGGUCUGCUGAAGCUCAGAAAGAGAAGAAGUUGAGGGAACGCAGUGAGCAGUACAGCAGACAACUGGAAGAAGAGCUGGAGGGAAUGAAGCAGCAGAAGCAGGUGGGCCGUUCUCCAAGCGGUGGGGCCUCUGAGCAGAACCAGGAGCUCAGUAAAUUACGAGCAGACCUGGAGAAGAAGAGUCUGUUCUAUGAGGAAGAGCUGUCACGCAGGGAACUACAACAUGGCAACGAACUGAAGAACCUGAAGAAGGAGCUGCGGGAAGCAGAGGGACAGCAGCUCACCUUGAAGAAAGAGAUCAUGAUGCUCAAAGACAAGCUUGAGAAGACCCGCAGAGAGGGGCAGAGCGAACGAGAGGAGUUUGAGGCCGAGUACAAACAGAAGUACGGGAGAGAGCGAGUGCUGCUGUCAGAGGAGAACAAGAAACUUUCCAGUGAACUUGACAAGACGAUGUCCUCGUUUGAGAAGUUGAGCAGCAGUAACAAACAGCUGGAGGAGGAAAUGAGAGAACUGGCGGAUAAGAAAGAGAGUGUGGCCCACUGGGAGGCUCAGAUCACAGAAAUCAUUCAAUGGGUCAGCGAUGAGAAAGAUGCUCGAGGAUAUCUGCAGGCUUUGGCUACUAAGAUGACAGAAGAACUGGAAGGACUGAGGAACACCAGUCUGGGUGCACGUGCUACUGACAUGCCAUGGAAGAUUAGACGUUUUGCUAAGCUGGACAUGUCUGCCCGUCUGGAGCUGCAGUCUGCACUGGAUGCCGAGAUUAGAGCCAAACAAACCAUCCAGGAUGAGCUCAACAAAGUCAAGGCGUCCAGUAUGGCCACUGAGCGUAAGCUGGAAGAGUUGGAAAAGAAGAACGAGGACCUGCAGGCAGAGAUCCAGAGGCUGAAACUGGAAACUGAGAAUCUGCGAUUGUCUAAAGGGGUCAAGCACCAAGACUCCCAGAAUUCCUUCCUGGCCUUCCUCAAUGCUCCAACCUCCGCCGUGGAUCAGUUCGAUCGCUCCACUGCCAGUGGGCCAUCAGGCAAAGGCAGACCUAUUGAUUCCAUCGAUAACUUCAGCCUGUCCAACACACCAUCCCGGGAGGAAGAUGGAAGAUCCCAGGUCACGUCACACUCUCGCUCGCCCUCAACUACCAGCGAUUUGCAGGAGUCUCAAGAGCAGGUAGAUCAUCCACAACGAGGCGCUCAAACACCCGUUCGAUCAGGAUACAGCAGCUCUGGUCACAGCACGCCUAAACCAAAGGCCCAUCAAUUCGUGGUGAAGACCUUCAAUACGGCCACUAAGUGCAACCAGUGUACUUCUCUAAUGGUGGGAAUCAUUCGGCAAGGCUGUACUUGUGAAGUCUGUAAUUUCUCCUGUCAUGUGACGUGUGCGGACAAAGCUCCUGCCGUGUGCCCGAUCCCACCGGAUCAAACCAAAGGACCGCUGGGUAUCGACCCCCAGAAGGGCAUCGGCACAGCUUAUGAGGGCCACGUCAAGGUGCCGAAACCAUUAGGUGUGAAGAAGGGGUGGCAGAGGUCCAUCGCGGUGGUCUGUGACUUCAAACUCUUCUUGUAUGAUCUCCCAGAGGGCAAAACUGCUCAGCCUGGUGUCACAGUGAACCAGGUUAUUGACAUGAGGGACGAGGAAUUUUCAGUUAGCUCAGUUUUGGCAUCAGAUGUCAUUCAUGCGAACAGGAAGGACAUUCCCUGUAUUUUUAGGGUGACAGCGUCACAGCUCUCCUCAUCCAGCAAUAAGAAAUGCUCCAUCUUGAUCCUGGCCGACAGCGAUCAGGAAAGAACCAAGUGGGUUGGCCUGCUGAACGAGCUGCACCGCCUUUUGAAGAAGAGCAAACUCAAAGAACGUUUCGUUUACGUCCCUAAAGAAGCGUAUGACAGCACAUUGCCUCUCAUCAAAACCACACAAGCUGCUGCUAUUAUAGAUCAUGAGAGGAUAGCCUUGGGCAAUGAGGAAGGGCUGUACGUUAUUCAUGUUACCAAAGACGAGAUUAUCAAGGUAGGAGAUAAGAAGGUCCAUCAAAUUGAGCUAAUCCCAUCGGAACAGUUGAUUGCCGUGAUAUCCGGUCGAAACGGCCACGUGCGACUCUACCCAAUGACGGCCUUAGAUGACCGAGAUGCCGAAUUCUGUAAAAUAGCGGAGACCAAAGGCUGCCAAACUCUGGUUUCGGGUACAAUCAGACACGGAUCUCACACAUGGCUUUUUGUGGCCAUGAAAAAACCUGACAAGGUGAUCAUCUACGAGCUCAUCAAGAGCAAAACAUGCCACCGGAAGCUGCGGGAGAUCAUCGUCCCAGGAUCGGUGCAGUGGAUGGGUCUCCAGGGCGACAAGCUUUGCGUGGGCUUCCAGUCCGGGUUCCUGCGCUACAAUCUUCAGGGGGACGGAGCGGUCAAUAGCCUCCUUCACCCUGACGAUCACACCCUGGCCUUCAUCGAGCAACUGAGCCUGGACGCUCUCUGCCUCGUGGAGAUCUCCAGUAAAGAGCUGCUCUUGUGCUUUAACAGCAUCGGCGUGUAUGUGGACUGCCAGGGCAGACGUUCACGACAACAGGAACUGAUGUGGCCGGCUAAGCCCACCUCAUGCCGUUAUAAUGCACCUUAUCUGUCAGUGUAUAGCGAGAAUGCAGUGGAUGUAUUCGACGUCAACACUAUGGAUUGGAUUCAAACGAUGCCUUUGAAAAAUGUUCAUCCUCUGAACGCUGAUGGCUCUCUAAACCUGCUGGGGCUGGAGACCGUACGGCUCAUCUACUUUAAAAACAAGACAGCGGAGGGAGAUGAGCUGGUGGUGCCAGAGACAUCUGAUAACAGCCGUAAACAGAUGGUGCGCAGUGUGACGAGCAAACGCCGCUUUUCUUUCCGCGUGCCGGAGGAGGAGAGAGCUCUGCAGAGGAGGGAGAUGCUGAGAGACCCAGAAAUGAGGAACAAGUUAAUUUCAAACCCAACAAACUUCAACCAUGUGGUUCAUAUGGGCCCGGGAGAUGGGAUCCAGAUCCUGAAAGAUCUGCCAAUGAAUGUGCGCGCUCAGGAGAGUCGUGGUGUCCUGGGAGCAUCCGUCAGUAUCCCCUCCAUCAGCAAGGCCAGGCCUGAACCGGGUCGAUCUAUGAGCGCCAGCAGUGGUCUCGGCACACGCUCCACCGCUCAAAAUGGCAACGCAAUGAGACGGGACUUUUCGGUUGGAAACUACGGUUCCACCAAACGUCAGAUGACAUCACCCUCUGAAGGCUCGCUCUCAUCCGGAGGGGGCGUGGACUGCGGGAGUGACGCCCCUCUCUCCCAGUUUGACAGAGAGUGUCCGGGAGUGUCACCCACAGAGAAGACCCCUGAUCUGAAAAGGGCUUUAAGGACCCUGCUUAGUAAGCUAAAGGUAACAUGACCCUGAACCCUGUAGCUCCCACCUCAUAUGGAGGAAAUGGGUUAGUUGAGCUGUCUCCGCAUUGAAAGCGUGUUUGAUCUGUGUAGGUGGUGGAAGUGUUCAGCGUUUGCUUGCAUUAAUGUGUUGCAUAGCACCUUUUAUACAUCCACUUAUAUUGUGUAGAGGAGGUGUACUUGUCGUGGUUGUUCUAGCUAGUGAUGAACUCUUUAAUCGGCUGAUGUUUGUCUAUUUUUAUACCAUUACAUCAGCCAAUACAUGUUUCUGCAUGGCAGAUCCAAAAUCUACCAACAGCCGAGUAAAUGGACAACAAAUAUUUUCAGGUCUUUUUAGUGGAUUUUGAGUAAAUGUUGUGCAAAGUGUCUUAUUUUCAGCCAAUAAAAUAAGACACUUGUUCUAACUUUUAUAUAUUUAUAUUGUAGUUACACUAUUUGUCCUUGAGCAUUGGAGAUGGGUUAAAAUGGUCAGCUGUUAUUUUGCCCCUA